AUGGACGCGCGCGUGCCCGCGUCGCCGCCCAGCGUCGUGGACGACCUGACCCGGGCGGCGACGCGCGCGGCGACGAGCGCGUUGGCGAAAUUCGUCGCUGUGGCGAUGGUGCUCGCCGCGCUGUUGACGCGCACGAGCGACAGCGCGCUGAGGAACCUGCCGCUCGCGCUCGUCGUCGUGUGGGCGACGCGGUGCCUCGCGGAUCGAAGAGUCGCGCGCGUGGAGACCGCGCGAGCGAGGAAGGCGGCGACCGAGGAUGGGGGUGGGGAGCGGCGCGUCGGCGGCGACGGAAUCGCCGACGGAGGAGGCACCGUGGACGCGACGAGGGCCGCCGCGGCGGUGGCGGCGGCGAAGGCGAAGGCGGUGGAGCGCCGCGCCCGGGGUGACGACGGCGCGGACGCGCGAGGACGACGCCCGGACCCGGUGAUGGAGCUGAAGGAGCUUCUGAGGAGCGUGGAGAGGGAUGGGAACGUCGCCUCGGCGUCUGACGCCGCCGACGCCGCGACCGCGUCGACGUCGUCCACCGGCGGGGUGCUCCGCGCGUGGGAGAGUCUUCGAGAGCACGUCGUCGACGAGUUCGUCUCGAGGCUUUGGUACAGGAACCUGACGCGCGACGUGGAGUUCGUCGCGGGCGCGCGUCGGCUGUUGGACGUCGCGUUCGCUCGGCUGGCGCACCGGACGCGAAACGCGGAUCUCGCGUCGUUGCUGCUGAGGAAGCUCCCGGAGAUAUUAACCGAGCAGCUGGAGGCUUUUCGCGCCGCGCGAGCCGCGUGCGGGGGCGUGGACGCGUUCGCGAGACGGACGCCGACGGAGAGCGACGACGCGCUCGCGAACGAGCUGCGAAAAGUCGGCCGCUUACAUCCCGGCGUGGACGGCGCUCGAAAAGGCGACGACGGCGUGUGGACCGGCGCGAACGGCGGCGGCGCGAGCGCGGACCCCGCGAUGGUUUUCCUGCGACGAAAGUCCGAUCUCGCCGCGCGGGCGAUGUUGUCCGAGGAGGACGGCGGGAAUCACCUCUUGUUCCCGCUCACGCGCGAGCUGCUCGCGGUGUCCGUGUUCCGGCCCGUUCUAGGGUUCGCGUCGCCGUCCUGGGUGCACCGAGGGUUGAACGCGCUCCUCGCGCGGGAGAAGGAAGCGGCGCGGGAAAAGACGCCGACAGAGAGCGUCACGUCGCCGGGUCACCGACGCGCGGGCUCCGAGAACAUCCUCGCGUCGUCGCCCAAAAAGAGCGCGUCCGUCGGCGACCUAUCCGCGCUCGCGACGGACGUCAGCGAAGAGGAGGACGACGACGGCGAAGCGUACGAGCUCGCGAGGAUGAUCGGCGACGACGAGCCGGAGCGGCAGAGGGCACCGAGGGCGAUCUCUGCCAGCACGGGAGACGCGGCGACGAGCGGCGGCAGCGACGACGACCGCGACGGCGGCGACGACCGCGGCGGCGGCGGCGGCGGCCAAACCCUGCGCGCGGAGGUAUCCGAGGUGAACAUCGUCGGCAAAGGCGGCUCCGCGUACGCGGUGUACACGAUCCGCGUCCGCAGGGUCGGCGAGCACGGAGAGGACUGGGCCGUCGCUCGACGGUUUCGGAACUUCGAGGCGCUGCACAAGCGUCUGACCGAGUCGAGAGCGGCGCGGGACGUCGCGCUGCCGCAGCUCCCGAAGAAGCGCUACUUGCUGCACUCGCUGGACGGCUCGUUCGUGGAAGGUCGACGACGACUGUUGGACGCGUACCUCGCGUCCAUACUCUCGAACGAUAUCCUGUGCGUCUCCGAGGAAGUCGGCGAGUUUCUCAGCGCGAACAACGUCAAGUACGGCAAGAAGAAGAAGAACGCCGUCGCCGCGAUGGCCAAGUCGCUGACGCAGUCCGUGGAGGAUGUCUUCAAGAGCGGGAAAGAGAAGGACAAAGACGCGCGGGGGGUAUCGAACGCGGGCAUCGACGACGUCGCGAACGGCGCGAGCGCCAAGGGGCACCGCCGCGGCGUCUCCGUCGGCGCGCUGUCGCUGCGCGGGGACGACCUAGGCGUCUACGACGGCGGAGGGGAGCUGUCGAGAUCCUCGAACCCAGUCCUCGAACGCGCGCAGUCCGCGAUUGACGAGAAGGACGAGGUCGCGCCCGCGGGCGGGCGGCGCGGUCGAGAGGACGCUCGAGAGGACGCCGGCGUCAUCGACGCCGCGUCUGGGGUGCUCAUGGACGGCCCUUUGUUCGGUUUGUUCGAGGCGCUGUUCCAUCUGCAGUCGAAAGGAUUCGUUCGUCGAACGAUCGUGACGGUCGCGAGGCAGACGUUGGAUUUCUUCGUCGGCUCCGCGGUCGAGGACUGGGUCUCGAAGACGCUGAAGGAUAUCCGGACGCCGCGAACCGCGGCGAACGUCGUGAGCUUCGUGGAUAAGUCCAUGUGGCCGAACGGGGCGUGGUACAAUCAGACGAAACCUGAGGACGUGCCCGCGCUGAUGCGUGAGAUCGCGGCGGCGGACGAGAUCACGAGGGCGGAGGUCAGAGAAGCGCUUCUGAACCUCGGCGACCGAGGCGGGCCGUUACUCGGCGUGUUGGGCGCGCGUAAUUACACCCGCGCGGCGCUGGACUUUCUCGCCGCCGCGAGGAGCGAUCUCAUGACGCGACAGAUUGGCUUACACGUCGUCGAGGCCGUGCUCGACGAGCUGUUCCCCGAGGGACGCGAUGACGAUGUCGAGGACGCGGCAACGCGUGCAGAUUCGACGAUAGGGGAGGUAGAGGCGGCGGCGGACGACGACGACCCGGCCGCGGGCGUCGAAGCCGCGGCGUUAGAGCUCUACGCGACGACGGCGUUGCAGUACGAGCGUUGACGAUACGACGUGUUAUCAUCAUUAGUUAUGACGAUCUUUACGAGACGUCUUUCACGACGUGAACGAACCACCAACAGCUUG